CCCGCUACCAUAUUCGAGAACAAGUGAAGCUACCAAACAAUACCUUACGGCAAAGUGCCUCCGCUUCUCUCUGGUGGGGAGCGAACUGCAAACUUCCCCCAAGCAAGGAACCUUUUGCGCUCCCCAGCACCAGAACAUCAUGGAGGGCAAAUUGAUACAUUGUGUCCUCACCCAAUACCUCCCAGGUGCCGAGGUUCUUCUCGGACUGGCUGUGGUCAUCUUCCUCGCGGCGUAUGGUGCACUGAAGGAGCCCAAGACUCGCAAACCCCCGCUCCCGCCUGGUCCUGCACCGGAACCGCUGUUGGGCCACUACCGUGUUGUCCCAGAAGAUGCUGCCUUCCAACGUUAUGCCGAAUGGGCGGCCGAUUUCAGUACAUAACGCAAAAAUAAAUUUCCAUUCUCUUCUAUCUGGCUGGACUAACUAACCCUUGCAAUCGUCACAGAGAGCGACGUACUCUUCUUUCAGACGUUUGGCACAAGGUGGGUGGUGCUGAACAGCCUCGAGGCCGCGACGGAACUCCUUGAAAGACGGGGAUCAACACACGCCGACCGUCCGCGCUUCGUC